AUAUUCUGAAAAAUAGCGACUUUCUUGAAGUUUUGGCGCAUUUUCAUUUUAGCUUCAUUGUUUCAGACUUGCUUUUUCUUCUGUCGGAUUUGCUGCUCUUCUGCCGGACCCGGCCCCAUCCCGUUGUGUUGGAUUUGUUCCCACCUGGCUAAAGCUUUGUAUGACCCACGAGUUCUGUCGAAGUCGCAGGAGAAAGACGGAGCUGUUUGGGGAAAACAAUCCUUCUAUACCUUCCAGUAUGUCUUGCCGUUAUAACGAAGCGGUGAACGCGCCAGGAUUUCUUCCGUAUUUCUCAGAUUAUGUGGAUCCUGGCGACGAAGGCUGUCGGAAACGACGGCGGCGGCGAAACGUGAAUAAAGAGGCUCGAAUUUUGGCUCCCAUUCAGCGCGGCUCCGACUCGGCGUUUUCACUUUCUCCAGUUGUAUCGAGCCAAUCCAGUAAUGGCUCUCCGGAUGAGCCAACGUUAGUGCCACGCAACCACACCUAUAUGAAUGUACUGGACGAUGAAAGCACCAGAUUCGAGGAGAUCACACAGGUAGAGAGGCUUCUGCCCGCCACACUAAGUAUUACCAACGUAUAGCA